CAAUUCUGUUGUUUUCAAAAAAACGUUUUUAGAACCAUUAAGAGUUUUUGCAUUGUGACAUUAAUUUCAAAACCGUUAAAUAUCUGUGCAACCCAGCGUUUAUCCUUUUAAUUACAAUGCAUUUCUAAUAAAAAGACAAAAGCAGAUGUUUAACAGUUAAAACGCAUUGCAUUGCCGUGAUUUUGCAGAAAACAUACUGAUUUGUUCAUUGUUUAAAUGACUUGGCAGCUCUGGACCUCCGUAUCUCAGCAGAGAUCUGGACCUUCAGUGAAGCGUCUCCCUCAUGAUCUGGGAUUAUAUAAGGCAGGAAUAACUAUAAUAAUCUAACAUGGAGUUUGUCAGAGUGCUGAUUGGGAACGCGAGCGAUCCAGAACCAUUCAAGAUAUUAAAGGAUGACCCUGAGGAACACAGAGACCUGGUAGAGGUGAAGGAGGAAAGUCAAGAGCUGAAUGAAGUAGAGGAGAAACAUCCGUUCGAGGAGCCUCGUGCAAUCAUAACCAGUGAGAAAUCCUCCAGUCGCACACAGACUGAAAAUAAAAGCACGCAGAAAACAGCGCUCAUCUGUUCUCACUGCGGAAAGAGUUUUAGACAGAGAGGACACCUUGAUGAUCACAUAAGGACUCACACCGGAGAGAAGCCUUACGCGUGCCUUCACUGCGGGAAGAGCUUCACGCAUAAAGGAAACCUUAAGGAUCACAUGAGGAUUCACUCGGGAGAGAGACGGUUCGCGUGUCAGCACUGCGGGAAGAGGUUCACGCAUAAAGCCAACCUCACGGAUCACAUCCGGAUCCACACGGGAGAGAAGCCGUUCUCCUGCGAUCAGUGCGGGAAGAGCUUCACACACGCCACGAGUCUGAAGACUCACCUGCUGUCUCACUCCGGAGAGCGGCCCUUUAGCUGCGAUCAGUGCGGACACAAAUUCAUUCUAGCGGCGCACCUGAAGAGACACCUGAGGAUCCACACCAACGAGAGGCCCUACGUGUGCUCCUUCUGCGGGAAGAGCUUCUUGUGGCUCUGUUAUUUUAAAGACCACCAGAAGAAGCACACGGGCGUGAAAGCUCACGUGUGCUCCGAGUGCGGCAGCGCCUUCACGAGAGCCAGCGAGCUGAGGAUGCACCAGAGGACCCACACCGGAGAAAAACCCUACACCUGCUCGUGCUGCGGAAAGAGCUUCGCAGAGUCCGGAAACCUGAAGAAACACGAGCGUGUUCACACCGGAGAGAAGCCCUACCAGUGUCCCUCCUGUGGAGGCAGUUUCAGCCAGUUCAGCCAUUUGCUGAGACAUUUAAAGCAGCAGAGCUGUCCGAAGCUGACGCAGUUCUUCUUCAGGCCUCCGGAUGAACAGAGCUCGUCCUCAGGUGCAACACUGGCGAUUGAAUCAAAGGUGGAAUUUCUGCCAGAAUAUCUCAAAGAACACAUGAGAAUUCACACCGGAGAGAAACCGUUCACAUGCCCUCAGUGUGGAAAGAGAUUUUCACGUAAAAGAUGCUUUGUGCUUCACAUAAGGCUUCACACCGGCGUGAAGCCGUUUGCGUGUCAGCAGUGUGGAAAGAGUUUCUCAUGUCGAGGAACCCUUAAGGCUCAUUUAAGGUUUCACAGUAAUGAAAAACCGUUCAAGUGUCCUCAGUGUGAAAAGAGUUUUUUAAUUAAAAGAGUCCUUGAGGAUCACAUAAGAAUUCACACCGGAGAGAAGCCGUUCACAUGUGAUCAGUGCGGAAAGAGUUACAAAUGGUCAAAUAGUCUCAGAGUUCAUAAACUCCUUCACUCCGGAGAAAAGCCAUUUAAGUGUGAUCAGUGCGAUAAGAGGUUUGUUCUGAAAAAAGACCUAAAGGCCCACAUGAAAACUCACACUAAAGAGAAGCCUUACUUGUGUUCUGUUUGUGGAAAGAGUUUUGCAUGGCUGGACUGUUUUAAAGACCAUCUGAAAAUACACUCUGGUGUGAAAGAGUAUUUGUGCGCAGAUUGUGGAAAAGCCUUUAUUACAGCCACUCAGCUGAAAGUGCACCGCAGGAUCCAUACUGGAGAAAAACCUUACAAGUGCUCACAUUGUGAGAAGAGUUUUGGACAGUUAGGAGGCCUGCAAAACCAUGAGAGAAUCCACACUGGAGAGAAACCAUUCCAGUGGCAUCAGUGCGGCAAGAGAUUCGGACAUUCCGGAACUGCACUGACUCACACAAAGAAGCACUGCCCAAAAUUAAAGUCAAUAUGACUGAAGAAACAAGACCUUAAGAGCUCAAGGAAUUAAAAAGUGCUACCUUUUUUGUGAUUAUUGUUUCACUCUAUCCUGUUAUCCUGGUUCUCUUCCUAUCUUACAAAUAGACAAUACUACAUUGCUAUAAACAAUUAUAACUCCUCCACUGCUUUACUUAGACAGGGUGUUCCCCAGGGCUCUGUUCUCGGCCCAUUACUGUUUAUUAUUUACAUUAUGCCCCUUGGACAUAUUAUUCGUUAUUAUGGUUUUCAUUAUCACUGUUGUGCUGAUGAUAUUCAGAAAUACUGUAUACCGCUUGCCGUUUGGAUUCUAUCCACCAGACCACAUCACUAUGUGUGUUAAUGAGUUAAAGACAUGGCUAAAUUCCAAUUUUUUAAGUUUGAACUUGAGCAAGACAGAAAUUUUAAUUACUGUCCCCCCAACUCUAACUAAAAAUAUAACUAAUAUUCCCAGCUUUAACCUUGAUGCUACAACAAUUUUUCCAUCUGCCACCAUUAGAAAUUUGGGCAUUACUCUUGAUCCUUCACUGACCCUGGAUGUUUACAUCAGUAAACUUUUUAAAGUUGCAUUUCUUCAGUUUCACCGUAUAGCCCAACUAGAUUUUGUCUGUAUUCAAUGGGCAGCAGGUCAUUUUCUGUCAUGGCUCCUAAGCUAUGGAACCCUUUAUCACUGGCACUGAGGACAACAACCUCACUGUCUGAAUUUAAAUCACAACUUAAAGCCUAAUUGUUUACCCAACACCUACCAGUCAUAAUUAUGUUUCU